GUUAAUGAGAGGGAAGAGGACACGCUUCACCGUGCGUCGCAUUAACAGAGACAAUUAGAAGAAAAUGACUUAUAUUUCCUCGCUAGGGACGCAUGUUUUCAUGACAGCGUGUCUACUCUUCUUGAUGGGAUGCGCUGCACAGAAAGUGUACUAUGACUGUGGUGCCAAGGUGGAUGUGGUGGAUACCCAAGGAUUGAUUCUCUCCCCUGGCUUCCCCUACAACUACUCUUCUGGGACACAUUGUGUCUGGCAGUUCUUUGUACCUGUUGAUUAUCAGCUUAUACUUGAGAUAUUUGACUUUGAUGUUUUUGAAAGCCACAACUCCGCCGCACCGUACGCUGUCAUUUCUAAUUCUGAAGAGGACAGCGGAGAAGACGAGGUGACAUUUGCACCUAAAAGGGUAGCGUUGAAUGAAGCUUCAACAGGAGAAAGAGAUGUGAUGGGUGAGAGGGAUGCCAAAAAUAACCAGAAGCCCUCUCAGGACAGUGAGAUGGAACAGGUGGUGGUCCAAGAACAGUCCACAAAAAUGGAGAUUGCCAAAGUCUCAAACUCAGCCAAAAGAUCUAUAGAUGGUUCGUCUGGUCGAAUAUCUGCCCCUGCUGAUUAUCUCCCACUUCCUGGAGCUGUGUCCUUUGGAGAUAGGUCCUUCAACACAGCCUCCUCUUCUCAUCUUAAAGCAGAUAUCGAACCUAGUUCCAACCCAGGCAUGACUAUGGUGGAUACCACUGUUGCCUGGCCACAAUCCAGUGACACUCCUGCUGCGAGCGCUGAAACCCAGCAAUCAGUGCUUGACGCCUGCCCCCAUGAUGUCCUCUACAUCUCAGACCUCAUCACGUUCUCCUCGAGAUUCUGUGGGUCAAAUCGACCUCCCAGCAGCCAGCUAGUUUUUGGCUCUAGCCAAGAGAUGGUGGAGGUGAUCAUGGAACUCAUCACCACCACUCACUGGGGCCGUGGCUUUGCCCUCCUCUUCCACUACAACAAUAUGACCAAGCCAGGCGGGGAAUGGAGAAGCUUGACGUCGACAUCCACCAGGGCCGACUCUCUGCUGGCUGCUGUGAGCGGAGCUGCUUUCUUCGCUUUGAUACUGACGACUGUCGUCUGUAUCAUAUUCAGACCCAAACUGUGUCCAAAACGAGACAACUCCUGUGCAUCCACCAGUUCUGAGAUGCCCGAGGGAGUCCAGAACACUGGGGAAGAGGUAAGUGAGCUGCAACCAAUGGCUGAGAAUCAGUUCAACCAGGAGGGGAUCAGGGGGCAGGACCACAGCAAAUACAGUCCACCACACACAGUCAGUGCUGGUGUUGAUGCUUCCCAAAACACACAAGUGGACCUUUCCUCCAGUGGUUUGCCAGAGCUUGAGCUUGGACCAGAUGAAGUGUUCAUCAUAUCACCGUUCCCAAGCCCGGCAAGGCCUUCUUUCUCUCCACACACAAGGGAGAGGUUCCUAAGGCACAGUGACACUGGACCGAGUCCUGCCGGUGACUGGACCCCACCUGACUCCACCAACUUACCUUCCGGUCCCUCCAGCGGCAACUGCUCCAGACCAAGAGCGUGGAGCGUACGCACCUUCCAGGACUUCCUCCCUCCACUGCCGCAGCUCCAUAAGAAGUGGUGCAGCUGGAACUCUACCAGCCCUUUCACCAAACUCAUGGACAGCGCUCCUGCCUGUCUGGUGGCCGACAACAACAGGAAGGUUUUCUCUGACGUUCACCUGGCAUCCAAGAUGGACAGCAGCACCAUCUCUGACUCUUCUAUCAGCAAUGCUUGCCAUCCGCUCGGUCAAGUCGCACAAAGGCAGCGGCGUCUCAACUCAAUCAGCAACCUGCGGCGCUCCCGCUUCACGGGGCCUUGCUUCGGUUUGUUGUCUGGGACGGUGGACUCGAAUAAGACGUCCGGACUUAACCAUUCCCAAAGCUCCCAACCAGAGCCCAUCUCCUCUGCUUCCUCCAUGCAGUGUCCCGUCGAGAGUGGCCAGGCUGCUAAAAGGCAUGAUUUCCUAGGUGAGGGUGAUCACCUGAGCGUCCCCGUGUUUGCCAUUUCUGAGGAAGAGGACCGGCAGCCUCUGGUCUUAGCUGAACACCUGGGUCAAAGCGCUGGACUGGUUCCGGGGACAUUCGAGAAGAAAAGACCUUCCAGCGAAACCUCCAGCCCUCAGAACCAGAGAGCUAGACCGGAGUGGCGGCCGUGGGGGAGUCAGGUAUCAGGUGGGGUUUGUCCACUCCCUUCCGCUGCACCCCCCACCGUGACCGAGUCAAACGCCAUCAAUGGCUGCCAGCUGCCUCUUAGUCAGUCGGCAGUGUUGUGCAGCAACCACAUGUGACCGGGAAGAUUCUGACAAGACUUUUAUGGGCCAGUGAAGCAUUCAUGAACCCUCGUUAACGCCCAUUUGCUUCAUGAUUGACAGAAUCGACUUGUAUAUUGAUUUCUGGUAUACGUAUCUUCUAUUUCUGGAUACUGUUCCACGUAUGCAGAGGUCUUUACUGCCUAAGGUUUGCAACAAACAACAGUAUUCUUCAGUGGACACUAAAACCUCAACAUUUAGGAGCACUUUUUCAAAUCAGGUUUCAGAGGUUUGAUGUAGUUUCCUGAAUUACUAUACUUAAAACAUCACAUUACUUUCUAUUGUAUUACAUGCCAAUACUCUUUCCAUCUAAUAGGUCUACGUGUUCUGUAAAGUAUAAAACCAACAUACGCUUAUAUACAUAUACAGUAUACCUUUACUGGAUUAUAAAAGGGAAAUCAAAAUACUGUAAAAAGUAUACUAAUGUACAUUUUUAGGGAAAUCUAGCUUAAAGAAGAAAAAUAGCAAUCACAAUAGUAUUUAUCAAACGAGUGGACAUUCAUUGAUGGAAAGUUGGAAUAUGGAGUACUUAAUAAUUAAAAUAGAAUGAAAUUAUUUCAAUGAAUAAUGCUCAGUUUUGAUCUCCAUACUGAGUGGCAGAUUUGCUGUAGUCAAAUUAAAUAUAAAUUAGGGGUGUCCAAAGUGUGGUCCGGGGUCCAUUAACAGCCUGUGACUUUUUUUUUUUUUUUUUUUUUAAUCAGACCUCAGCAUAUUCCAAAAACAGCAAAACGAAGGGGGGAAAAAAGUUUCAGUUGGCAUAUGCAUAGUUGAAAAGAAGUAUGUUUUCAGCCUGGAUUUGAACAUCGCCAAAGUUGAGGGCUUUCUUCACAUCACCAAGUCAGAUUGUUAUGUGAAUAAAGACAUAAUUACAAGACAAAACGUAAAAGUUGAAUUAUUUGUUUAAAAAAACAAAAUCAUCCUAAUAAUCCACACAAUUUUUCUAAGUUUUUUUUUCUGUAAUAUAUAUUAAAAAAAAUUCUUGGCAUAGUUAGUUUAUAAAAUGUCCAUGUAGCUUCUGCAUCCUUUGAUUUUUAUUUUUUUUUUGUAUACUAUGUGAACCUGAUUCGCCAAAUUAUGUACUGGCUUCUGGGUUUAUUCAGAGUCUAAGACGACGUUUCAGUUCUCCGAGCAACAUACUUUGUCAGUUUAUGCUCAAAGACUAGCUAGGACAGCUCUAGUCCUACCUUCGGAUUGGCCGAGAAGAGAAUGUGUUCCAUAAACUAGACUUAAUAACGCUACAGCUGUCCUAUCUAGUCUUUGAGUGUGAAUUGAUUGAGUUGCGAUUGAUGUCCUGGAUGAAUGAGGAUAUGUCAUCCAUGUUCUUUUGACAGUUUGAAAUCCACGCAAUAAUGAAAUUAGGCUAAAUUGAUAGUUCCAGCUUUUUAAUGUUAUGUUCCGAAUGCAAACCAUAUCUACUAUAUGAUGAAUGUUAAAGACAAUCUUAGCUUUGCUAAUACAACACAGGAACACGGCCAAACACUUCUUUUAUGUACCUUAUACUCUACGGGGGUCUAACCCGACCUAACGGCACAUCAUAAUAAACCAGGUGCUUGCAUAAAGUUGCUGACAUCACAGAAGACAUUUUUUUUCAGUGUCAUGAAGGCACCUCUGGUACCUGCAAUCAUCUCCCAUACUUCAUGUGAGGUAGAAUAAACCUUCACCCUCUUCCAUUCCAGCUCAGUCCAGACUUUUACACGCCAAGCGUGUAAAUAUUUGCGUUAGUAUACAACAUAUCUCCUGUCUCCGGGCAAAUGCAAAGUACUACUCCAAAGCCUCUUUAAUACCGAUUCCUGAUUGGAGCGGCUUGGUACUGUUGUUGGCUUACAGUGCCCAGAUCUCCGGUGGGGAAUAAUUAAAACUCAGCCCUUCUGUCGGGGGAUCGACUGGACUUGUGCGGAGAGUCUGAGCUGCUAUGGAAUGCUUGAAUGGUUCUUACACCAUGACUAAGGGGGUAAAAAAAAAACACUUUAACACCUCCAGUAAUUUCAACCCCUGGGCAGAGGACAGAAAAUGCUCAUUCAAAACAAGCUAGAUCACGACUGGGAAUACUGGUACUAAAAUUCAAACAAGAAAAUAAUAAAUAUGUUAAAAAUUGAAGAGCUAUACGUGUCAACUUCUAGGGACACCUGAAUGAAGACAGUUAUAAAUCAACUAAAGAUAAGUGAUAACAAGUCAAUGCAUAAUUGACUGGAUGCCAAUCACGACUGUUUAACAGUUUCUUCAUAUCCACCAGCAGUUCUACAUAAUCUUGAAUCUAUUAUCUACAAAGAAAUAUUCUUGCACAAUGUGUACAUCCGUGUUACAGAGUACAGAUUUUUUUUUUUAAAUCAAGAAUUUUAGAUUCAUUUAACCAGUUCGACACUUUUACAGCAGCGUUGUUUACCUGAGAAACCAGAGAGCUACCAAAAAUCCAAGCACAAUCAUCAACAUAUUGACUAAAUAACUCCAAUUUGCAUGAUCGUCUCCAAUGAACUGCAACUGUUAAACAGAACAUUGCCAUUCAGAAUAGCCACCAUUACUACUGACUCUUCUUAUUGAUGUGUUUAAGGAAGCAGAUUAGUGAUAUCAACAGCUUCAGUAGCCUGUGCCGUAAUGCAUCGCUUCUGGAUAUUGAUGCAAAAUAAAAGUAUAAACAGUAAAAGGUAGGAUGACAGGAAAUAUUUUUCAAAUAUGAAAAAAGGAUUGAUUAGUUCAGUCCUGUUAUGCAGAAUUGGAACUGACUGAUGCAUCCAUACAACACUGAUUAGUAAGUAGUAUGACUAUUUAAUAUUCUAAACUCUAAUAAUAUGCAAUUGAGUUUGCAUUGUGGAAGCCCUUAAUUCCUAUGGCACUAGGUUACAUCACCAACUAUACAUAAUACAGUAAGUCCAGCUCAAAACUAGAGAAUGAAGCAGCAUAAAUCAUGCUUACCGAAGUGCGUAAACAGCAUAAUAUAUAAUAAUAACUGCCACAUUUGCUCUUAACCGAGCAAAGUUUAAAAAAAAAAAAAACUAUCAAAUGUUGGUUCUACGGAAGCUCUCAACUAUAAAAAGUAAUGUGCAUAGCACUGCUUUAAUACAGCCCAACGUUCAUUAUGAAGUGAUAAUGAUUGUUUUGUGGUUGUGUGUGUGUGUGUGUGUACAUUAUGGAGGACUGGUAGCCAAGUCAAGCAGGUGAGAUGGUGUCUCCACUGUGCUGUGAGUUGGACCGCUUUUGUUGGCUCAGCUCUUGAAACGGGUCUGCUCGCAUAUGUGGUUGAAUUUCCUGAAAACAAGACAGAUGGAGAAAUAAGUCCACACCCUUUCAUGUAUAACAUUUAGCUACCGCAGGUGAAAACCACUGGGAGAGUAAUCAGAGUAGUCAUGGCGUAAAAAGAGCCGCAUUGCUACCGUGACUCCAUCUAGUGGUGAAAUGUAGGAAUAGCAUGUGGAAAACCAGUUGAAAUCAGAUUACUUUAAAUACUGUUAAUGUCAUGUAUACAAACUAAGGCUGUCAAAGAAGUACAAUUUUUAAUCUGAUUAAUCACAGUUUUUAUAUUAAUUAAUAUGAUUAUUCACCAUUUGCAACUAUAUCUGAAAUGAAGUUUUUUUUUUUUUUUAAUUGAAAGAAAGGCCAGGAUUACACAGUAUAUAUUUGUAUGCAUGUAACAGCUCCAAAUGACAUGAAAAUAAAAGUUGUU